AUGAAGAACCGGGGAGGAGAAGCAGGGAGCGGUGCUGGGAGGGGAGGAGCAGCAGAGAGCGUUGCUGGGAGGGGAGGAGAAGCAGGGAGCGGUGCUGGGAGGGGAGGAGCAGCAGAGAGCGUUGCUGGGAGGGGAGGAGAAGCAGGGAGCGGUGCUGGGAGGGGAGGAGCAGCAGGGAGCGGUGCUGGGAGGGGAGGAGAAGCAGGGAGCGUUGCUGGGAGGGGAGGAGCAGCAGAGAGCAUUGCUGGGAGGGGAGGAGCAGCAGAGAGCGUUGCUGGGAGGGGAGGAACAGCAGGAAGCGGGGCUAGGAGGGGAGGAGCAGCAGGGAGCGUUGCUGGGAGGGGAGGAGCAGCAGAGAGCGUUGCUGGGAGGGGAGGAGAAGCAGGGAGCGGUGCUGGGAGGGGAGGAGCAGCAGGGAGCGGUGCUGGGAGGGGAGGAGAAGCAGGGAGCGUAGCUGGGAGGGGAGGAGCAGCAGAUAGCAUUGCUGGGAGGGGAGGAGCAGCAGAGAGCGUUGCUGGGAGGGGAGGAACAGCAGGGAGCGGGGCUAGGAGGGGAGGAGCAGCAGGGAGCGUUGCUGGGAGGGGAGGAGCAGCAGAGAGCAUUGCUGGGAGGGGAGGAGCAGCAGAGAGCAUUGCUGGGAGGGGAGGAGCAGCAGGGAGCAAUGCUGGGAGGGGAGGAGCAGCAGGGAGAGGGGCUAGGAGGGGAGGAGCAGCAGGGAGCGGUGCUGGGAGGGGAGGAGAAGCAGAGGGCGAUGCUGGGAAGGGAGGAGCAGUAGGGAGCGGGGCUGGGAGGGGAGGAGCAGCAGGGAGCGGUGCUGGGAGGGGAGGAGAAGCAGAGGGCGAUGCUAGGAGGGGAGGAGCAGCAGGGAGCGUUUCUGGGAGGGGAGGAGCAGCAGGGAGCGGUGCUGGGAGGGGAGGAGAAGCAGAGGGCGAUGCUGGGAGGGGAGGAGCAGCAGGGAGGGUUGCUGGGAGGGGAGGAGUAGCAGAGAGCAUUGCUGGGAGGGGAGGAGCAGCAGGGAGUGGGACUAGGAGGGGAGGAGCAGCAAGGAGAGGGGCUAGGAGGGGAGGAGCAGCAGGGAGCGGUGCUGGGAGGGGAAGAGAAGUAGAGAGCACUGCUGGGAGGGGAGGAGCAGCAGAGAGCAGUGGAGUGGCGGGUGAGAUGGCCGAUGAUCACAACACUCCCACUACAGCGAGGAAUUGCGGGAUGAACAACAGCACGUAA